AUGCAUAAGCUGGCAAACGACAGUGAUAUUAACUCUGACGACUGCAACGAAACGGCGAAAGAAUGCAUUUACGGGUUCAGCUCUCCGAAGAAGCAGAGGAGGAAUGGCAGUCAUGAUGAUGCCGAUGCUACCGACGUUGCAGACGAUGCCGACUCUGAUGGGAGCGGCCAGGAUGAUUCGGAUGGCCAUGAAGAUUGCGAUGUUCGUGCCUCCUGCAACAACGGAGGAAGGCGCGCGGCCGAGGCCCCAACGGAUGGGCGAAUGCAGAUGAGCAUUGCGGGGUUGCAGAAGAAUGAAGAGGAUUGCAAACAGGGGGGCGCAAAUGACGCGGAGGAGGAAACGAAUGAUGAGUAUACGGAGGAUGAAGACAAUAACAAUGAUGACGGCAAUGAUAAUGAUAAUGAUAAUGAUAAUGAUAAUUAUAAUGAUAAUUAUAAUGAUAAUGAUAAUUAUAAUGAUAAUUAUAAUGAUAAUGAUGAUGAUGACUCCGACGACAAUGACGAUGAUGAUGUGGAAAGCGGGUCGCACAGAAACGGUGCAGAGCCGCACGAAGACGACGAAGAGUCCAACGCUUCCCACCAUGCGCACGAUUCGCACGACCCGGCAGAUGAGCUCUACGACGCAGAACUGAACGAAAUGAUCGACCAGGAAUACUUCAGAGAGCUCAUCCCUGCCAUCCCCCACGAUACUCUCCAGGCAUACAUCAGUUGUUUGAAAAUGUUUGGUUUUGAAAGGGAAGUGCAAUUGCACCGAUUGGUUAACCUUCUCGGUGAUUUAAGAGAUCCCAUUUCUGUUAUUCAGGUUUUAGGCUUACCGGGCAUGGGGAAAACAAAAGUCGUCAAAAGUUUUGUCAAGCUAAAGAACGUGCCCUUCGCCUAUGUAAACUGCCUAAUGGCUCUAUACCAAUCUGGUAAGUCUGCAAAAAAUGUAAUUUACCAUACAAUUUUAAAGGAUCUCAGCACAAGUCUGUUGUAUGAAUUUAAGGAAUAUAAAAAGACAAAUGAAUUCACAAAUUAUACGUAUGAUCCUACCAAGUUAGUUCCAAACCAUGUGUCGAACACAGAUGUAUUUUUUAAUGUUCUCCAUAAACUCUUGUCCUUUCGGCCCGAGGAAGGCAGGGGAGGGGGGGAUGUGUGUCCAGGAAAAAAUCAUCCUCACCAUGGCGAUGGAAAUGCAUCCGACGAAACAAACAAGGGAAUGACAUUUCCAAAUCAACAUCUUCACAAAGACAAUUUAUACGACCGGUCAGUUGUGUUCAUCCUGGAUAAUGUGCGCUACCUCGUGAGAAGCCACCCAGAUUUAUUUUAUGCCUUAACAAGAAUCCACGAAUAUAUAAGAGGCCCAUAUAACGACAUGACGAAAGCGAACAAGACAACGAGAGGCCUCUGCAUCAUCCUAAUCAAUAGAUCCCCAUUGCCGGACGAAAUAUUUGAUGGGCUACCUCAACCCCCAACCGUGUGGUUUGACUCCUACACAGCAGACAUGUGCAAGAAUAUUCUCUACCGACUUUACAACACCAUGUGUUUCGAAUCGCUCCUCACAUACAACGACAAGGAUUUAAAAAUCUACUCUGUUAAGGAAAACAAAAGGGAGUUUCUAAUAAAAAGGAAGAACGUUAUCCUGGAGAACGAAGUAAUUUUUGACAUAUGGUGCAGAUACGUGGACUACAUAAUUAAUGUAUCCUAUAAAGACUACAAGAGCGAUUUCCAUGAGCUUCUGUUUAUAUGCGCCCACAUGUGGCCUCUUUUCAUAAAACCCAUCCUUGAGGGCACGUUAGAACCCAUCGUAGAAAAUAUGAACGCUCUACAAAGGAAUAUAGAUACACAUAUCCGAGUGGCUACCUACAACCAUGCUAGUCAUUUUACAUUCGAACUAAUUGAUUCCGUCUUCCUGAACCAAAAUAAUUUAAAAAAUAAAGUCGACCUAUCAUUCUAUUCAAGAGUUCUACUUGUAGGCGCAUAUCUGGCUUCUAGAAAUUUACCCUUAACAGAUAAACGUUUCUUCAAUGCGACUGUAAAGGGAGGUGCCUUUACCCUACCCAAGAAGAGAAAGGGUAGAAGUAAAAAUGAAUCCAUCUUAACAUUAAUUGGUCAGGCGAUUCCGAAAAACUUUACUUUCAUUCGAUGGAUAUGUAUAACAGAUUGUGUGCUUGUGUGUUUCUUCAACGAAAAGUUAACACUCAACAGUCUCAUCUGUCAUCAAAUAAAUACACUCAUCCAGCUGGGAUUUAUAAGCUUCUGUUCUGCAAACAAUAUGUCUUGCUUGGUCCGAAAUAGCUUGAUGAAUGGAGUGCAGUGGAGUGGCUACUGUGGGAGCGCACUUCUCAACUCCACCAACAAUUUCUCCUCCCUAGGGAAUAAUAUCUUUUCCGAUAGUACUCAUUCCACUUCGUACGAAUCCCUUGACCCCUACACCAAGCUAGUCAUCCAGGUUCCGGAGGAUACUAUCCGCGGCAUCGCCAGAGACCUCAAGAUCCCCCUAGACGAGUUGAUUCUGUGA